CCGAUACGGGAAAAAUCGGGAUCAGACGAUCCGGGAUUGGAUCGAGCGUGACCCAUCCCGUCCAGGUUCCUCCCGUGCGACCGGAGGAGCCCUAGCCUAGCGAGCUCCAACCCCCUCCCCGGAGGCGGCCGCGGCCGCCGGUAGGCGACUUCUCACCCCUCUCACCACCCAGGCUCAUCUCCCCUUAUCUCUGGGACACGAGGAGCCCUACAGCGGCCGGAGUCCGAGUCGGCCCCAGGCGGCGACUCGUGGGCUGGUGGCCACAAGACAUUUCCCUCACCGGACUUGUUGUCUUCAUCCUAUUCCUCACCUUGGCUGUGGGUAAUAGGGUAUUUGCUCCAGCCUCCAGCGAAGGGAAUGGACUCAGAACAACAUGCGGAUAACCUAUUGGGUAACAAUAGUAGUGGGAAGCAAGCAGUUUGGACAACUGCCAUGUCGUCCUUUGUACUCAAGUUCAUGGCUAACUUAGUGGCUAGUGGAACCAGAACCUCUAGUGGUUUCAAGCAAGUUCAUCUUAAUAGUUGUGCCAAGGCUUUGAAUGAGCGUUUCUGGCUUCAAGUAACUGCCACUCAGAUUUCUAACCACCUUAGGAAGUGGAAAAAAAUAUGGGCAAGGGUUGACAGCCUGAAGAGCUUACAUGGGGCUAUUUGGGAUGAGCAUACUUGCACCAUUGUGCUUGAUCGAGAGCACUACACGGGUCACAUUAAGAACCACCUUAGUGAUGCUGACUUCUUGAACACUCCAAUUGAGCACUAUCAUGAAUUGGCCACAAUCUGUGGCAUGGCUUCAGGUGUAUAUGCUAGGAGUACCAAUGAACCUCUUGCUAUGGAUGUUACUGAGAAUGAAAUUGAAAACGAAGAAACCAGUGGAGCGAGUGGCCCUCUUGCUACAGGUGUUGAAGAGACUACAAUAUCUUUUACGAACACUAAUGGAGGGGGUGACCGCUCUGGCAAUUUAGUACCCCCAAAGAAGCCCAAGGGAGUGGGCUUGGAACAACAUGCAGAUAACAUUGGUGGUAAAAACGGUGGUGGUGAGCUAGUUGUUUGGACAAAUGCCAUGUCAUCCUUUGUGCUUCAAUUCUUAGCUAACCUAGUGGCAGGUGGAACUAGACCGUCUCAUGUUUUCAAGCAAGUUCAUCUUACAAGUUGUGGUCAGGCUUUGAAUGAGCAUUUCAGGGUUCAACUGACUGCCGCACAGAUUUCUAACCACCUUAGAAAAUGGAAGAAAAUUUGGGCAAAGGUUAACAUGCUCAAGAGUUUAAGUGGUGCUCUUUGGGAUGAGAAUACUUGCACCAUUGUGCUUGAUCAUGAGCAUUACACGGAUCACGUUAAGGACCACCAUAAUGACGCUGACUUCUUGAACACUCCAAUUAAGCACUAUCGUGAGAUGGCCACAAUCUUUGUCAAAGGCAAGACUUCAGCCAUACAUGCUAAGGGUAACAGCGAGCCUCUUGCUAGAGACGUGAUUGAGAAUGGAGUUGAACAUGAAAGUAAUGGAGGGAAUGACGCUAUUGCUAAUAAUGGUGUUGAAGAGGCCACAAUGUCUUUCACUAACACAAAUGGAGGGAACAUUGGUGGUUCCUCUGGCAGUUUACCACCACCAAAGAAAGCCAAGGUAAACAAUGAUGAAGGCAUGCUAUGCACGAUGACCCGUAUGCUUGAUAACCUUGCUAAAGCAAUUGAGAAGUCUAGUGCGACACAUAUCGAUAUCCCUGAAGACCUUUGGGAUAACAUGAUAGAUCUACCUGGAUUCGAAGAGGCACAUCUUGCCCACUACUAUGCUUAUUUAUGUGAGAAUGUGUCUGUUGCUAGAGCAUUCAACAAGCUUAGCAUGUCUAACAAAAUGAUUUGGGUUACUAGGUAUAUCAAGAACCACCUUUCAGCUUAGUAUCAACUAUACUAUGAUUGACAUAUGGCAAUACUUCUUUUGUUAGCAGCCAAAACCAUGAACUGUCUGGUGUAGUUUAGCUGCCGGUAUGCGUGGUGUUUUUGUAUGAACCAAAACAUAAAACUGAGGCUGACCUUUGUGGACCUUGUAUGCGUGAGCAUGUACAUAUGCUGAAAGUAACGUGUCAUGAUCUUUUAUGAUGAU